AUGAUCACCCAGAUAUGCUCACCCCUGGAGCCCAACAAAGAGCCCUGUAAAGUGGAGAAGGAGGACACAUCAUUGUUCCUGAAAGGUAAACUCAAAGAAGAAAAAAAGACAGAAAUGGCUGUUUCUCCAGUAACCAUUUCCCAGGGUGCCUUGACAUUCAAGGACUUGUCUGUGGACUUCUCCAAAGAGGAGUGGCAGUGCCUGGACUCUGCUCAGAGGGCUUUGUACAUUGAUGUGAUGUUGGAGAAUUACAACAACCUGGCCUCUGUGGAAAAUUAUUACAUAUGUGAUCCUGUCUAUCAACGAGUGAAGACUGAAAAGGAGUGUUGUCAGUGUAAUAUUUUUGGAAAAAUUCUUCAUGACCCCUCCACAUGUGCACUUUAUAGAACAAGUGAAAAUACAGAAAACUCUAAUAACUACAGAUGCAGUAACCACAGGGAUGCCUCUCUUGACUCAUCAAACCCAGAUAGAAAGGAAAGCAUGCUCACUGGAGAUGAACCUUGCAAUUCUAAAGUUUGUGAGAAAUCCUUAAAUUUGUGUUCCACCAUUGCUCAAGUUCAGGGACUCUACCCUGCAAAGGAACAGGAUACCCAGGGAGAAUGUGAUGAAUGCCUUGACACUACAUUUAAUCUAUUGAAACAACCAAACUACAUUAGAGAGAAACGAUACCAGUGUGGGAAAUGCAGGAAAUUCUUCAGUACUGCCUCAUAUCUUACUGUGCAUUGGAGAAUUCACACAGGAGAGAAGCCUUACACAUGUAAAGACUGCAACAAAUCCUUUACUGGGAAGUCAAAUCUUAAAGUACAUGAAAGAAUUCAUACUGGUGAGAAACCCUACAUAUGUAAGUACUGUGACAAAUCCUUCACUUUGUUGCAAAAUGUUACUGUGCAUCAGAGAAUACACACAGGAGAGAAGCCUUACAAGUGUAAGGACUGUAACAGAUGCUUUGCUGCAAGGACUACUCUUAUAGAUCAUCAAAGAAUUCACACAGGAGAAAAGCCUUACACAUGUAGUUACUGUGAUAAAUCCUUUACUGUGAAGUCAACUCUUACAGCGCAUCAGAGAAUCCAUACUGGAGAAAAGCCUUACAAAUGCCAGGACUGUGGCAAAUCAUUUGCAACACGUGCACAUCUUCGAAGUCAUCAGAACACUUAUACUGGAGAGAAUUCUUAUACGUGUGGGGUUUGUGGCAAAUCUUUCCCUGCAUGCUCAUAUCUUGGGACACAUAAGAAAAUCCGUACAGGAGGGAAGCCUUACAAAUGCCAGGAAUGUGUCAAAUCAUUUGCAAUCAGCAAAUAUCUUAGAGGAAAUCAGAAAAUUCAUACUGGAGAGAAAUCUUAUACAUGUGUGGAAUGUGGCAAAUCUUUUACUACAUGCUCAUAUCUUAGAAUACAUCAGAGAAUCCAUACAGGAGAGAAGCCUUACAAAUGUCAGGAAUGUGACAAAUCAUUUACAACAUGCAAAUAUCUUAGAAAACAUCAGAAAAUUCAUACUGUUGAGAAAUCUUAUACAUGUGAGUAAUGUGGCAAAUCUUUUACUAUAUGCUCUUAUCUUACAAGACAUGAGAGAAUCCAUACGGGAGAGAAGCCUUACAAAUGUGGAGAAUGUGACAUGGCCUUUAUCCUCAGAUCAAAACUUGAAGACAUCAGAAAAUCCAUACAGGAAAUAAACAGUUAA